AGCAGGGCAGAGCCUGGCGCCGGCGACAGCGACAACGGGCUUAGCAGCGGCUGCCGAGGAGCGGUGCGGGGCUGUCGGGCCGGCAGGAUGCUGGAGAUCCAGCUGGACGAUGGCGGCGUGGGGGGGUACCCGGGCGACGAUUACUGCUCGGGGUCGGUGAUGUCGGAGCGGGUCUCGGGCCUCGCCAACAGCAUCUACCGCGAGUUCGAGCGGUUGAUCCACUGCUAUGACGAGGAGGUGGUGAAGGAGCUGAUGCCGCUGGUGGUGACGGUGCUGGAGAACCUGGACUCGGUGCUCACUGACAACCAGGAGCACGAGGUGGAGCUGGAGCUGCUGCGGGAGGACAACGAGCAGCUGCUCACGCAGUACGAGCGGGAGAAGGCGCUGCGCAAGCAGGCCGAGGAGAAGUUUAUAGAGUUUGAAGAUGCACUGGAGCAGGAGAAGAAAGAACUACAAAUCCAAGUGGAACACCUUGAAUUUCAGACUCGACAGCUGGAGCUGAAGACUAAAAACUAUGCAGAUCAGAUUUCACGACUGGAGGAGCGUGAAUCAGAAAUGAAGAAGGAGUACAAUGCUCUCCACCAGCGUCACACAGAGAUGAUCCAGACCUAUGUGGAACACAUCGAGCGAUCCAAGAUGCAGCAGCAAGUUGGGGGAAAUAAUCAAACCGAGGGUAGUCUACCUGGGAGAAGUCAUCGCCAGUCAUGGAGGAAAAGCAGGAAGGAACGGCCUAACUCCCUGAACGUCUUCCCUCUGGCAGAUGGCAUGGUACGUGGGCACAUAGGGGCCAAGAUCAUCCCCACACUGGACCACUGGCACCUGAGUGACCUCGGCCAGCUGCAGUCCAACUCCAGCUACAAGUGCCCCCAGGAUGAAAUGUCCGAAUCGGGACAGUCCUCAGCAGCUGCCACACCGAGCACCACUGGAACCAAGUCCAAUACUCCCACCUCAUCUGUGCCCUCUGCUGCUGUCACGCCGCUGAACGAGAGCAUCCAGCCCCUUGGCGAAUACAAUGGCACCAGCAAGAGCAGCAAGAGGGCAAGAGAAAAGCGCAACAGCCGGAACAUGGAAGUCCAGGUCACACAGGAGAUGAGGAAUGUCAGCAUAGGAAUGGGUAGCAGUGAUGAGUGGUCUGAUGUGCAGGACAUCAUCGACUCUACUCCAGAGCUGGAUAUGUGCCAAGACCCGCGCCUGGAACGCUCUGGUAACAGCCCAACACAGGGGAUUGUGAACAAAGCAUUUGGCAUCAACACGGACUCUCUGUACCAUGAACUUUCCACAGCAGGGUCUGAGGUUAUUGGAGAUGUUGAUGAAGGAGCAGAUCUGCUAGGGGAGUUCUCAGUACGGGAUGAUUUCUUUGGAAUGGGCAAAGAAGUGGGGAAUCUGCUGUUGGAGAACUCGCAGCUACUGGAGACCAAAAAUGCUUUGAACGUUGUGAAGAAUGAUUUGAUUGCCAAGGUGGACCAGCUGUCUGGAGAGCAAGAGGUGCUGAAGGGAGAGCUUGAAGCAACAAAGCAGGCCAAAGCCAAAAUGGAAACCAGAGUCAAGGAGCUGGAGGAGGAGCUGAAGAGAGUGAAAUCUGAAGCGAUUGUUGCCCGGCGAGAACCCAAAGAGGAGGUGGAGGAUGUAAGCAGCUAUCUCUGUACAGAAUUGCAGUGCUCCUCCCCCCUGCAGGACAACAUUCCCAUUGCUCAGCGCCGUCGCUUCACCCGUGUGGAAAUGGCCCGGGUUCUGAUGGAGCGCAACCAGUACAAAGAGAGGUUGAUGGAGCUCCAGGAGGCUGUCAGGUGGACAGAGAUGAUCAGAGCUUCCCGUGAACACCCAUCUGUCCAGGAGAAGAAGAAAUCCACCAUCUGGCAGUUCUUCAGCCGUCUGUUCAGCUCUUCCUCAAGUCCUCCACCAGCAAAGAGGACCUACCCAUCUGUGAACAUCCACUACAAGUCUCCAACAACAGCAGGGUUCAGCCAGCGGCGCAGUCACACCAUGUGCCAGAUCUCCUCUGGCAGCCGCACCCUGGAGUUCUUCCCUGAGGAUGACUGUACCUCCUCAGCACGCCGCGAGCAGAAGCGGGAGCAGUACCGCCAGGUCCGAGAGCACGUGCGGAACGACGACGGGCGACUGCAGGCCUGCGGCUGGAGCCUCCCUGCCAAGUACAAGCAGCUGAGUCCCAAUGGUGGUCAGGAAGACACUCGCAUGAAGAACGUCCCCGUGCCUGUGUAUUGUCGCCCACUAGUAGAGAAGGACCCAACCAUGAAGUUGUGGUGUGCAGCUGGAGUCAAUCUUACUGGAUGGAAGCCUGUGGAGCAGGAGUCUGGAAAUGGGCAGAAGCUGGAUCCUGGACGCGAUCCUCUCACUUGCGAUAGGGAAGUGGAAGGCGAGAACAAAAGUAACCAUACAUCUCCUGAGAAGAAAAAGGCAAAGGAGCUCCAUGAAAUGGAUGCCACAUCCAGUCGUGUCUGGAUCCUCACCAGUACGCUGUCAACAAGUAAAGUUGUAAUUAUUGAUGCCAAUCAGCCUGGCACAGUGGUGGACCAGUUCACUGUAUGCAACGCUCACGUGCUUUGCAUCUCCAGCAUACCUGCGGCCAGUGAGAGUGAUUAUCCUCCAGGAGAGAUCUUUCUGGAGGGAGAUGUAAAUCCUGAAGAGUCAUCUGGAACAGAUGGUGUCUUGGCAGGAAUCACUCUGGUGGGCUGUGCGACCCGCUGCAACGUACCACGAAGCAACUGCUCCUCACGUGGUGACACACCUGUGCUGGACAAGGGACAGAGUGAGAUGGCUUCUGUCUGCAAUGGGAAGAUCAACCAGUCCCAGUCUACCGAGGAGGCUACAGAAGCUAUGGAGGUGCCAGAGAACGGUACAAGUGAGGCAGAGCCUGCCGAGGCCCGUUCUGGGCCCCUCACGGAGCACGUGUUCACAGACCCAGUCCCUGCACAGCCACCCCUCAGGCAGAAUGGGGAGAACGGGCAGCUGAAGACUGAGUCAAGCACAACACUGCCAGAUCAGGAGUCAAGUGGGGAUGCUGCUGGGACUUGCACCAGCGCUGCCCCCACCAUGUGGCUGGGAGCACAGAACGGCUGGCUUUACGUGCACUCAGCUGUGUCCAACUGGAAGAAGUGUCUGCACUCCAUCAAGCUCAAGGACUCUGUACUGAGCCUUGUGCAUGUGAAAGGGAGGGUCCUUGUUGCUCUGGCAGAUGGAACACUAGCCAUAUUUCACCGUGGAGAAGAUGGUCAGUGGGAUCUCAGUAAUUACCACCUAAUGGACCUUGGUCACACUCACCAUUCCAUCCGCUGCAUGGCCGUUGUAUAUGAUCGAGUCUGGUGUGGUUACAAGAACAAAAUCCAUGUUAUCCAGCCUAAGACAAUGCAGAUUGAGAAAUCCUUUGAUGCCCACCCUCGUCGGGAGAGUCAGGUGCGGCAGCUGGCGUGGAUUGGAGACGGAGUUUGGGUUUCUAUCCGCCUGGAUUCUACUCUGAGGCUUUACCAUGCCCACAGCCAUCAACAUCUGCAAGACGUCGACAUUGAGCCUUACGUCAGCAAGAUGCUAGGCACCGGGAAGCUGGGCUUCUCCUUCGUGCGCAUCACAGCCCUGCUCAUCGCUGGCAACCGCCUCUGGGUGGGCACGGGGAACGGCGUCGUCAUCUCCAUUCCACUGACCGAGACUGUAGUCCUUCACCGAGGCCAACUCCUCGGGCUCCGGGCCAACAAGACCUCACCAACCUCUGGAGAGGGCAGUCGCUCUGGUGGAGUCAUCCACGUGUACGGCGAUGACAACAGCGACAAAUCCGCCAGCAGCUUCAUUCCCUACUGCUCCAUGGCUCAGGCACAGCUCUGUUUCCACGGCCACCGUGAUGCUGUCAAGUUCUUUGUCUCUGUGCCUGGCAACGUCCUAGCAACCCUCAAUGGGAGUGUGUUGGACAGCCCUUCAGAGAACCCCAGCACAGCAGCUACAGAGAUCGAGAAGCAAAAGCUGAAGAAUGUCCUGGUGCUGAGCGGGGGAGAAGGGUACAUCGAUUUCCGGAUCGGGGAUGGAGAAGAUGAUGAGACAGAGGAGAAUGCAGGAGACACCACCCAGGUGAAACCAGUACUUUCCAAGGCUGAAAGGAGCCACAUUAUUGUGUGGCAGGUAUCGUACAUCCCCGAGUGAGAAUUUCUCCUUUCCUACCUAUGUAAGUGUCCCUCCUCCCGCCCGAAUGCCAAGAUGUACAUACAGAACACCUGCCUUGUACCUACUGCUGGAAAACCACCCCAAACAACUGCAGCAGCUCCUGCCUCGGACUGUGACCCCAUUCUAACCUCUACACUUGCAGCUUUCACCUUGGGCCCGUGCGCUUUCUGCGUGAUUGGAUUUGUGUUCUGCUCUGGAGCUGGCAUCGACACAGAGAGAAAUGGCAGUGCAUCAAGGAAGUGAAGCUUGGAGCUAGAGCUGUGCAAAGCCUUUGCCCAGCACUCAGGAGCUGGUAGCUGGAUGGGUGGUGGCUCAGGUUCUCUGGCAGGCUGCCUCACUCCCACCUGCAUGAGAAGUAGUACAUCCCCUUGGCAUUCCCUGCCAAAUCAGCAGCGGUGAAUCACAACUUCUACAGCACCCUAGCAGAAUAUUUUUCUAGCUCAUCACUGGACUUUCCAACUUCACCACCUUUAAGCACAGAAUAACGUCCCACAGUCUGACAGCAGCCAGGUCCAAGGAACCCCAACAGAAAGGAGUGUUGGGGCUUGGGGCAUUACUUCUGCUGUUUGGCUGGAGGAGGCAGCAGUGCCAUUGCUGUGGGGAGCACAUCCUCUGUACUUGCAGAUGGGAAGUCUCCCUCCUCAGCUGCUGCUGUUGUCUCAGCGGUCAUGUGCUGGGUGACUGUGUGUCCAGAGAGGAUUGUUAGGGAGCCUCAGGUGGGAGGUGGCUGUUUGAUCAUGGAGGCUACAGGGCCUUUGGAAACAGUGGUAGCAAAGGGGUACUGGGACUUUGCUUUCUUAAGAGCAGAAAAGGCAGUGAUACUUUUAACUCCCUCCAAAGUGCCCAGCAGAAAACAACUCCUGAGUUCAUUGUGAAAGGUUCAGGAGAGAGCCGUCUCUAUGGUGGUUUUGUAAACAGAUGAGGGCAUGUGACAGUGGUCUGCUGUGAGCUCUGCACUAGCACAGAGAGGUUACCUUGACUCCUGAAGCUGUGUCCGCAGCCUGGGAACUGCCAGAAGGAGAUGGCUACUUUCCUUCCCACUGUGGCACUGGGCAGGUGCUAAGGUAUGGAAUGGCUGUGUCUCACCUGAGGUCACUGAGGCUAGAUGUCCAACCUCUUUUACCCAACAUCAUGAGCACUGACUUAGUUACUAGGUAGUUUGAAAAGAUGGAAAUUUCUGACUCCUGGAAUUGACAACUCCCAAGAGAAAUUCUGACAGCCCUUCUUGUGUAAGCAGUGCUGACAGAUUGCAAAUGUGUGUCCUGCAUGACAGAAAAGCAGCAGAAAGCAGAGCCAGGGAGAGCAGUUCUGGGCUCCAUGCAGAAGCAAUGGUUUGUCCUUCCUUUCUGACAGUGCAAACAGACCUAUCUCCACAAGGACAAGUUUCAUUUCUUUUGAACACUCCCUCCUGGAUGUGCAGGACUAGAAUGAGCAGCAGUUGUUAGUACUGAAUUUGGAAGCUCCUGGUGGACACCUUGUUUCUGCCAUGAGCUAUGCAACACUUCAGGGUUCACAGGGAUGUCCUUGUGAGGGUGGUGUGAGGACAGCUGGGGGAAGCCUCCACCUUCUGGGAAGUUCCCGGCUGUACCCUGUGCUUGUUGGCAUAGGCCAGGCUGUCCCAAGGCUUGUGGUCUAAAGCUGUUCAUGUACCACAGAGAUGCAGGGUUCCCAGGGGAAGCUGUAACAUGUGCAGCAGCACUGAAAUGCAGAUCCACAGCUGAGGAAAGGCUGAGGCUUACAUUUUUCCUGCAAGGAGGCAAGAGAAAAUCUCUGGAGAACAGAGGCCUCAGCCACUAAAGUAUAGAGCUGCAGGUAUGCCUGUGCUGCCUGUGAGCAGUGCUGGUGAUGUACACCCACAUUGCUCCUCAUCAAGGUAGGAAAUCAGUUAGAUGGUGUCCUCCAGCCACUGGCACACUGGGCUCUGUGGCUGGCAUUUAGCCAAGGGAUGCUUGGAGCUGCUACCUGCAUGUGGGGGAACCUUUCACCAGGGACAUUUCAGCAGGGCACUGCUGACUACACCAGGCUUCUCAUUCACUUUCUCAAAAUGCUUUCUGCUAGAAGAGCUCUUUGGAUCACAACACGGAGUGCAUAAGAGUUGACAUCAGCAUUUACACCAUAGAUUCCACAAAUGUAAGUUCAUCCUUUAGGGCCAGGUAAACUUCAUAAUUUGGGCUAAUUGAAGGAAAAAGGGAAGGAAAAAAAACCCAAACCUUUCAGGCCCUGUUUCUCUAUACACUCUCCCUUAGGAAAAUACAGAAUUGCAACGUUGUUACCUCUGUUUGCUCUGUUUCUGGUUUUAGCAGUUGAAGUGACAGUACUGUCUCCUGUCACCAACUGGGCCCUGGCAACAUAAGGAAACCAGUUUUGGGUCUCUACCAACAGGUUCCUUUCCAGCUCAGUGCAUGUUUUCCUCCAAGAGAAGCACAUGCCCAAAAGGGGCAGCUACAGCUAAGUAGAACCAGCCUCUGCCAUCAGCUCCUGUGGGCAUCUGGUGGCUGCUGGGCAGCAUGGUGAGAACUGACUGGCUUCAACACACUUCCCUGUCAUAUCUCCACUGUGAUGUAUGUAAAGUAUCUUGUAUGUUACAAAAGGAUUUUAAAAAGUGUCUUAAGGCCUGUAAACUCCGCUCUUUGGUCUGAAGAUGGCAUUCUGUAAAGAGACUGCUGUAUGAAUACGUUCCCAUGCUUUGUCCCCUAUGCUAUCAAACAACAAACCAUAUCUGUUCUGUAUGUAAUAAAUGUGUUAACAUCA